AUGGCGCCCAAGAAAUCAACCCCGGGGUGCGGUGCCCAAGGAAAACUGCGCCUAGCCCCGCACCUCACCCAGUCCGCACCCAGCCCCGCACCCACCCAGCUCCCACCAUGCCCCACACCUCAUCCAGCCCCGCACCGCACCCAGCCCCACGCCCAGCCCGCACCAGGCGGCAACCAGCCGCACACCAGGCCUACCCAGCCCCACAUCGCACCCAGGCCGCACCCAAACCGGCACCCAGGCCACAUCCAGCCCCACACCGCACCCAGCCCCAGCCCGCACCAGGCCCCGCACCCAGCCCACCCCGCUUGGCCAGCACAGCCCCUGGAGCCACACUGGGAUCCUUACCCAGCCCUGCACUCCGGAAGGACUGGUCCACGGGUCCGCCUCCGCACCGGCCUACGCGAGCACCGGGCUCCGCACCGCCUCCGCACCGGCCUCCGCACCGGCCUCCGCACCGCCUCCGCACCGGCCUCCGCACCGGCCUCCGCACCGCCUCCGCACCGGCCUCCGCACCGGCCUCCGCACCGCCUCCGCACCGGCCUCCGCACCAGCCUCCGCACCGGCCUCCGCGAGCACCGGGCUCCGCACCAGCCUCCGCGAGCACCGGGCUCCGCACCGCCUCCGCACCAGCCUCCGCGAGCACCGGGCUCCGCACCGCCUCCGCACCGCCUCCGCACCGCCUCCGCACCGCCUCCGCACCGCCUCCGCACCGCCUCCGCGAGCACGGGGCCUCCGCACCAGCCUCCGCACCGCCUCCGCAAGCACCGGGCUCCGCACUGCCUCCGCACCGCCUCCGCGAGCACGGGACUCCGCACCGCCUCCGCGAGCACUGGGCUCCGCACCGCCUCCGCACCGCCUCCGCACCAGCCUCCGCACCGCCUCCGCACCAGCCUCCGCACCGGCCUCCACACCGCCUCCGCAAGCACUGGGCUCCGCACUGCCUCCGCACCGCCUCCGCACCGCCUCCGCGAGCACCGGACUCCGCACCGCCUCCGCGAGCACGGGACUCCGCACCGCCUCCGCACCGCCUCCGCACCGGCCUCCUUACCGCCUCCGCGCCCAGCCUCGCGCCCUCCAGGCCCCGCGGCCCUCCCUGCGGAUGGGGCUGUGGGAGGCCCCGCUCCCGGCGCUCCGCCCCGCACAGAAAGAAGUCCGGGCGAGCGGCGAACCCGCGACCCCUCGAAAGGAAAUCCGGCCAGGACCCGGACCCGGCCUCUUCGGACCGGCCAGCAUCCUGGUGAAGAUGCUGCCUGCCGCAACAUCCAACCUGCUCGCCACAAGGACAGUCUCUCGGGGUCUGAGGUUCUCCAGUGCUCCGGCCGCCCCUCCCUCAUCUACAUCAACAACCUGCACUGGGUCCCUCACUUCCAGGCAGCACGUCGCCACACAGGUUCAGUGAAAUCGGUGCGUGGGGACCCUUGGCAGCAGGCCCUGCCCCGCACCCUGGGACCACCCUCGGGGCACCUGAUGGAUGCACACCCAAACCUGAAUGCACCCGAAAUGAUGAAGGUCUGA